AUGCUGUCCUUCCACACACUGCUUUUGUUACUGAACGGGUCGCAGACGCUGGCUCCAACGCUCAGGACGACUGCAUGGCAAACAAAAUCACUGGUGGGUGUCCCGGGAUGGGAAACGCCGCUGCUGCUGCCUGUGAGUGAGGCGGAGCAGACGGGGAAGCUGCAGCAGGAUCUUCCCUCCCAGCCACCUCCUGCAGGUCCUGACAUGUGUAAAGUUGGUCUUUGCAAAAAUGCCACUGCUGGUGGCAGCAGCACAGAGCCACCGGCAUGGUGGCGGAAGGCCAGGCACAGCCUGCCUGCACCGGGGCACAGCGGUGAGCAGCGCCCGUGUUGCUGGCGGGCGCGAGCCCUACUGCUCCCCCGGGGCUACGGCAGCCCUGUGCGACACCGGCAGACUGCAGCCCCGCCUCGUUCGAAACAGACUGGUGCAAAUAAAGUUCAAGGGAACUUUGGCUCUAUGGCUACCAAGAUCCCAGCUAAGAAAUUUGGGAAAUGUCAGUGUGAGACACAUCAUGCUAAGAGCAUCCUGUACCAGAUCCUUAACAAAGAGCAUGGAAGUGAGACCAAGUGGUACCAGCAGUAUCGCAGCCCCCACCGCUCCACGGGAAGCAAGGGGUGCUCUUGUACAGACAGAAGAGUUGUCCUGAAAACGCCAGAAGCCAUGUGCAGAAGAGCUUCUGAAGUGCUCUUGAAGACUUUAACUUUUAUUAGAAACUUGCCUUCUUUUUAUCAUGUGCCUUGGGAGGAUCAGCUUGUCCUUAUACAGCAGAACUGGGCCCCUCUUUUUGUCCUGGGCAUGGCACAAGAAGGGGUGGAUUUUGACCUGAGAGAGAUUUCAGCCCCUAGUUUAUUGAAGAAAAUCCUCCUCAAUCAGUCUUUGACAGCUAGCAAUGAACUGGGUAGCUCAUCACUGGGAGCAUCUGUAGCAGAAGUUCAGAAGAUGAAGCAUUUGUUGUGGAAAUUCUGGGACCUGGACAUAAGUGCAGAAGAUUAUGCCUAUCUUAAAGGAAUUAUUCUUUUUAAUUCUGGACCAACAAAACUGGCUCAGGCAAAGGGGAAGGACCAGGCACGGAGCAGUCCAGAGCUGGGUUAUAAGUUGGAGUUCAACAAGGCACCCAGAAAUGCAGCUGAAGCAGCACAGCUAGGCCAGUGCUUGGGAUGCCAUGUCCUAAAAUGUCUCCCCUAUGUACAAACACUGCAGCAGGAAGCUCAGCAAGCGUUGAUGGAGUUUAUCUCAACAAUGUUCCAUAGAAACCUAGGCAGGUUUGCUUGGAUUCUUCAGCUAAUUGCCUCUCUUCGAGACAUUGAUGCAGAUGCUAUUGAAGAGCUCAUUCUAGGAGAGGCCACCCUAAAUGUAUUACUUCUAGAAACUCUAUAUAUCAAGCCAGACUGGCUUUGA